AUGCUCGCUCCCAUGAUGUUCCCCGGUACAGAGGAUGAGCUGGAUAUGCGAGUGCCGCCGAUACAACUAGAACAUCUACCUGAAGUGUUCCUAUCCAGUAUCCCGAAAUGCGGUGGAUGUCACGAGAUGAUCGUAGACCGCUACGUCCUCAAAGUAUCAGAUCGUACUUGGCACGCGGGUUGUCUUCGCUGUGUGGAGUGUCGCGCAAUGCUCUCCGGGAAGUGUUUCGCUAGAAAUAAUCAGCUGUACUGCACUGAGGAUUUCUUCAAGCGGUUCGGUACAAAAUGUGCAGGGUGCGGGCAAGGAAUCCCGCCGACGCAAGUAGUUAGACGAGCGCAGUCGCAUGUUUACCACCUGCGCUGCUUUGCGUGUGCGGCUUGCGCCAGAACUUUGAACACAGGCGACGAAUUCUACUUGAUGGAGGACGGGAAGCUUGUAUGUAAACCUGAUUAUGAAGCGGCUAGAGCUAAAGGGGAUGGUUCCAUCGAUGGGGAUGCAGCGAGCAAAAGACCACGGACGACGAUUACAGCGAAACAAUUGGAAACCCUGAAAAGUGCUUACAGCAGUAGUCCGAAACCUGCGAGGCAUGUCCGGGAACAGCUGGCGCAGGACACCGGCCUGGAUAUGCGAGUAGUACAAGUGUGGUUUCAAAAUAGAAGAGCAAAGGAGAAAAGACUGAAAAAAGACGCAGGGCGGACGCGGUGGUCACAAUAUUUCAGAUCCAUGAAAGGCUCGGGCGGAGGUUCACCCAGGCACGACCGCUUACUCGACAAAGAUGAGCUUAAAAUCGACUUGGAUUCGUUUAGUCAUCAUGAGCUGAGCAACGACAGCUACAGUACGGCUGCAAUGGGGGGUGAAGAGGGUUCUCCCGCGGGGGUAGGGGGCUCCCGUUUCGGGGCCACUCCGCCGUACUUGCGCGCGCAUUCGCCCCCCCACGCACACUACCACUACCCGCCCGACCACCUCGUCUACACCAAUAUCGGUCAAGCCAUAAGCGGCGGUCUCGCUACCGGCGGUGCAUCAGACAUGAGCAGCUCGUCAUCCCCCGCUGCAGGGGGCUACCCCGACUUCCCCCCAUCACCAGACUCGUGGCUCGGUGAGCAUUAUUCACCUCGAGGAUAUCCCUAG